AAAGAGGUCACAGCUUAAUGAAUGACGUAAUGCCAGUAAACUGAUUUUGAUAAUGUUUGAUCUUGGAAAUACCCUUGCGAAGGAUAUCGCUAUUUUUAUAAUGAUAAUUGGAAUGAAAAAUUGUAUUUUUUUUAUAAAGGUCUAUUUCGACUAUUACCUAUCUCGGGCCGUGGUUUAAAGAGAGUUCUUACACUGUUGCAUAAUUGCGUAAAAAGCCACACACACUUUUCCAGUAUAUUAUCUUCUUCGCAGCUGUUGGAAUUAUGUUGCAUGCAAGUGAAAUAACUUCUACACCAGAAUGCGACUGUGAUUAUAUUCUGUCAGUAGAAGGACUGGAGCCCCAUUACCAAAAUUGUAGCACAGUAUUGCGUCAACGCUAUGGAUCAACUUCUCCUAAAAAUCCAGAUGGAACGUUUCGAUUGAGGAAUGAACAUCUUUCUAAGCUGAAUCAAGACGUUUUGUACCAUUUGGGGUUAGACAAUGAAAAUUAUGAUCUGCCCAAAAUGUUUGGAGACGUUAAGUUUGUAUGCAUGGGCGGUACGAAAUACAGAAUGAAGGAAUUCGCUAAAUAUGUCGCUAAAGCUUUGGAUAUACCUUGUGAAGUUUUUGUAAAUUUGACUAAACAUUCGCAUAGAUACGCCAUGUAUAAAGUAGGACCCGUGCUCUCUGUUAAUCAUGGAAUCGGAAUUCCAUCAAUGACGAUUCUACUUCAAGAAGUAAUAAAACUAUUGAGUUAUGCGAAAGCAAAAGAUCCUAUAAUUUUUAGAAUAGGUACGAGUGGUGGCUUAAAUAUUCCACCUGGAUCAGUGGUGAUCUCGUCGUGGGGUCUAAACGGGACAUUGGAGAAAUCAUAUGAUAUCCCAGUAUUGGGUAAAAUAAGAAAAAUUCCUUCGUACUUCGACAAACGUUUGAGCGAAGAGUUACUUUGUGUUGCAUCCGAAGAAAAAGAAUUUUCUACCUUUUUGGGUGGAACGAUGGCGGCUGAUGAUUUCUAUAGAGGUCAAGCUCGCCUGGACGGACCAUUCUGCGAUUACUCGGAGGAAGACAAAAUGGCAUUUAUCAAUACUCUAGUGGACUUGGGAGUUAAGAAUAUAGAAAUGGAGGCAACCGCCUUUGCUGCUAUGACGAGAGAAGCUGGCUUGAGAUCAGCUGAUGUCUGCGUUACUUUAGUCAAUAGAUUGGAAGAAGAUCAGGUUACGCCAUCUAAAUCCCAGUUACUAGAGUGGCAAGAAAGACCCAUGUUAGUGAUUGCGAAAUAUAUCUCCAAAUACGUCAAAAAAAUAUAAAAACGACAAGAAGAAAUAUAAUUCUCGGAAAUAUGACUCGCCUUCUUAGAUUUAUUAAUGUUAUUAGUAUUAUUAAAAUGAUAGCUACUGUUGCACGUAGUCUACAUUUUUUUUUACUGUAUCUUAAUAAGCUGUUCCAGUUUCGAAGAUACAUUCCUGUUAUAGACAUACAGAUAUACGACGUACGCUUAUAUAUAUUAUGUAUUUAAUUUAAGCGAUGAUUGAAUGUUAUGACUUUUUCAAUUUAUACAAAUGUACUCUAAAUAAUACAAAAUAAAUAUUUAUAUAAAGAAUGUUCGCCUGAAAUUUUAGCAAUAUUGAAUCCUCUCGCUCUCACCGUUGAAGUUUUUGUUACGCUUCACGCUACGGCUCAAAGUCCUGUAAUGUAAUUGCUUAUAAGCGAUCAUUAAAA